GCUAGGUGCGCUGGGGCCGAGCCGGGUGCCGAUCUGCUGGGGUCCGCAGGUCCCAGCGCCCCCGAGGGAAGAGGCCCCAGAGGAGAGUGCCCACCUCACUUUACCUCGCAGCGUUGCCAGCGAGCGCGUCGGCCUCAGCCAACUCCCGGCAGCGCCCCAGGCCGUUCUGCCCCGCGAGGGAAACGGAGCCGUUGACCAUGGUUGCAACUGGCAGUUUGAGCAGUAAGAACCUGGGCAGCAUUUCAGAGUUCCUGGACCAUGGCUUCUACCCGGGGAGCCUGCUAAAUGAUUUUGACUACUGGGAUUAUGUUGUUCCUGAACCCAACCUCAGUGAGGUGGUAUUUGAGGAGACAACUUGCCAGAGUUUGGUUAAAAUGCUGGAGAACUGUCUGUCCAAAUCCAAGCAAACCAAGCUCGGUUGCUUGAAAGUGCUUGUCCCUGAGAAACUGACCCAGAGGAUUGCUCAGGACGUCCUUCUCCUCUCCUCCACGGAGCCCUGCGGCCUGCGGGGCUGUGUCAUGCACGUGAACAUGGAAGUUGAAAAUGUAUGUAUAAAGCUGGAUAGGAUUGUGUGUGACUCUAGUGUGGUGCCCACUUUCGAGCUCACACUCGUGUUUAAGCAGAACUGCUCGUGGACCAGCCUCAGGGACUUUUUCUUUAGUCGAAGUCGCUUCUCAUCCAGCCUCAGACAAACUCUGAUCCUGAGCUCAGGAUUUCGACUUGUUAAGAAAAAGCUUUACUUCUUGAUUGGAACAACAGUCAUUGAAGAGUGCUAAAAAGGAAACAUUGAAAACGGUUCUUUUCAUGAUUGGGUAACAAAACUCUGCAGCUGCUCAGUUACAGUCAUUGUAGUUUGCCCUGCCUGCUCUCAACAAGAAACCCCAAAUCAAGUUCAUCUUCUGUAUUUCAGAGUCACAGCAAUGCCAGCUAAAGGGCUUAUUUGGUGGCUUUUGAGAAAUGAUUCCAGCGUCUGCAUUGUAUCGCUUUCCUUUUUUUAUUUACAAAGUGGAAUGGAAUGGAAUAAGGAAGGAAUAGAAGCAAUCCACUUUAGAUUUGUAUUUGACUACAGAGGGUUUUCCAUGUAGUCUUGCUAAUAGACCAUUAAACCGAUGUCGUUUAGUUUUA